AUGUUCCGUUUUUGUCUGAUAAAUUAUGUUGUUGUCUUGUCACAGGCAGAUUAUGUCAUGUUGGCCGGCAUCGGUGACACUGCCGAGCUCAUCAAUGGUGGAAAGAAAGGUGCAAUUGAUGAUCUGGAGGAGGGAGAGCUGGAAGGUUUCAUAACAAAGUUGGGCAUCCGUGCUUAUGCAGAGCAACAAAUCAUUCGAGAUGAACAGGAUGAAACAUCCUCAGAGCCACCCAAAAAAGAGAAAAAAAAGGCAAAAAGCUCCAAAAUGAAAGACGAUUCACAAUCUGAUGUGAAAAAUACUGUUAAACCCAUAACAGAAGGUACGAAAACCCCUGUUAAAUCUAAAGAGCUUGGCAAACCUACUGGAAAGAGGGCCAAACAGAAACACACAAACUUGUUUGAGUUUAUUCCACGGCAAACUCUGCUUAUCAAACUUGGGGGGAAGUGGUUCGAUAUAGAGUACACGUCAGAGAGCACGUCUGUGGCUCAGAGCGAAUCACUGGUCCUUCAGUACAAGGCUUUGGCUCAGAAACUCUAUGAGAAUGAAAUUGCCCUCUACAAAAACAAGAAGAACUUCCAGAAAGGUGCCAACUCUGCUUGGAUGAAGAGUGUAGUGUCCACAGGAACUUUGACCGAUAGGAUGGCAGCUAUGACUGUGCUAAUUCAGGAUGCUCCGAUUCACAGUCUCGAGCACGUUGAGAACCUUGUGUCUCUGGUGAAAAAGAAAGGAAGUCGCAGACAAGGCCUUAUGGCCUUGGAUACCCUUAAGGAGCUGCUGCUUACUGACCUUCUUCCAAAACACCGCAAGCUUCACACUUUCUCCCAGCAUCCUUUUGAGCAGCUGGAGGAAAAAGCCAGUGGAAAUAGGGACUCCCGUGACCGCAGGCUCAUCCUAUGGUACUUUGAGCACCUGCUGAAACUUCAGGUAAUAGAUUUUGCUGCCGCACUAGACGAACUGGCUCGCGAUACGGUCCAGGCCACCAAAAUGCGAUCACUUACCACCGCCUAUGAGCUGCUGUGCAAUCAGCCGGAGCAGGAGAAAGUGCUUCUUGUACAGAUUGUCAACAAAUUGGGGGAUCCUGAAUACAAAAUUGCUUCCAAAGCCUCGCACCUGCUGGAAACGGUGCUUCACAAACACCCCAACAUGAAGACAGUGGUGUGCUUUGAGGUUGAGCGCCUCAUGUUCAGACCCAACAUCAGUUCCAAGGCUCAAUACUAUGCCGCAUGUUUCCUAAACCAAGUGAUUCUGAGCCACGAGGAAGCAGACUUGGCUGCCAAGCUUAUCACCAUCUACAUCACGUUUUUCAAUGCAUGCGUUAAGAAGAAGGAUAUUGAGUCUAAAAUGCUCAGCGCUCUGCUUACAGGAGUGAACAGAGCGUAUCCGUACGCGAAGAUUGGGGAUGACGAUGUGUGCAAGCAGCUGGACACGCUUUUUAAAGUGGUGCACAUUGUCAAAUUCAACACUGCUGUCCAAGCCCUUAUGCUGCUCUUUCAGGUCAUGGACUCCCAACAGACCAUUUCGGAUCGCUAUUAUGUAGCACUCUACAGUCACUCACAGUUUGUGGAUGAUGAGGAGGAAGAGAUGUAUCAGGACCUUGAAGAGGAUGUCGAUGAUGACCGCAUUGCUGAGGAAAAACUUGUGGACACUGACAAAGAUGAAAAAAUACAGAGCGUGAAACAAUGCCAGAUGAAGCCCACUGCAUCAUUCAGCUUUAUUGCUGCUUCUAAAAAAGUCUCUUUGCAGGAUGAGGAGGAAGAGAUGUAUCAGGACCUUGAAGAGGAUGUCGAUGAUGACCGCAUUGCUGAGGAAAAACUUGUGGACACUGACAAAGAUGAAAAAAUACAGAGCGUGAAACAAUGCCAGAUGAAGCCCACUGCAUCAUGGGUACAUCAUCAAAACUUGGAAGGUAGUUUAAAUAAGGUGACAUAUGACCCCAUGAACAGAAACCCUUUAUACUGCGGGGCAGAUCACACGGCCCUCUGGGAACUGCAGAAGCUGUCCUUUCAUUUCCAUCCCUCCGUGGCUCUUUUUGCUAAGACUUUAUUGCAGGGAGAGUUCAUCCUGUACACAGGGGAUCCGCUUCAGGACUUCACACUUAUCCGAUUCUUAGAUCGUUUUGUAUUUAGGAAUCCAAAGCAAACGAAGGGAAAAAAAAACACAGAUGCUACAGUGAUGCAGCCCAAAUACAGGAGGACGUUCAAUAAUAUUCAGUCAUUACCUGUGAACUGUGAAGAAUAUUUGGCCAAAGAGGAGAGUCAGAUACCUGUGGAUGAGGUGUUCUUCUACAGGUACUUUAAGAAGCGAGAUGCAGAGAAACGGUGGAAAAAACCAAACAGAAACGAGGACAAUGAGAGUGUGGAAGAUGUUGACGAUGAUGAAUUUGAGAGGGUGCUGGAUGUUUAUGAAGGAGACAGCUUUUUCACGGAGUUCAAGGAUGAUGACUUGGACUUUGCAGGCAAUGUGAUGCCCAAGUCCAAGAAAGGUCGAGAUAAAGAUGGAGAAGAUUCUGAUGAUGACGAUGAAGAUGAUCUUGAUGAUGAGGAGGUCUCUUUGGGCAGCAUGGAUGAAGACUUUGAAGAUGAACUUGAGGAUGAAGGUGGAGAGUUUAUGGACAUAGAAGAAAAAGAUGAUGAUGAUGAUGAUGCAGGUGCUCAACCUGCAAAGAAGAAAAAGAAAGGAAAAAUGGAGGACCAGUCGGUGUUUGCAUCAGCUGAAGAGUUUGGCUGUUUGCUGGAAGAAAACACGAGCUUGAAGUUUGACAACAAUGAUAUGAAUGCAAUGGCCAAUACGGACAAAGCUGAUGUUAAGCAGCUGAAGUGGGAAGUCAAACGGAAUGACUGGAUUCAUGGUAGAGAUGUCAAAACUCUGCGACGGAAAAAGGCCAUGUUCAACAAGAGAAAGUUCGGAAAGGCCCAAAAGCUGAAGAGUGUCAAAAGGAAGAAGUGAUGACCAGAAACUAGAAUAAUAACUAUAUCUUUCUCCCACUUGGUGGACCAGACCUCCUGAUCUGCUUCACCUGAGCCUUAGAUUCCUGUAUACGGGGGAGGGGGGGGGAAUGCUUCUAAAAUAUACUAGUUGUAAAGUGGUUUAGUCACAGGCGUUUGCAGUGUUGUAUUAAAUCCAGGGUUCAUACAUAGUUUAGAAAAUGCUUUAUUUUAUCUGUUAUGCUUGAAUGUUUUAAAAUGAUAAUAUCUUGUGUACUAUCUAAUGUUUUCCGAUGUUUUUUUUUUUGUUUUGUUGGUCAUCACAUACAGAAUUGUUCAAUUCAGUGGGCAUCAGUAAACAUAUCGAGCACAAUAUUCUUCCACCAGUUCAAGUGUGAACCUACAGUGUUCAUUUUCCGAGCAUAUGAAACAUGUCAGCAUAUUUUUUUUCCAUAUUUUUUGCCAUUGCGUCACAAUAUUUUAAAAAGCAGAUCAAUAUACAAGUAUAAAACUUUGUGCAGAAGCUCUGUUUGCUUGUAAAUCUUUAUACCAGCUGUAAACAGGGCCCUGGGAAUGAAAAAAUUAUAAUUAAAGAAUCUUCCCAAA